AUGGAGCGUGAACACGGAUUUCUGUCACAUGACAACGAUCACAUGUCAUCUAUAUCUUUAGGUACUUUUCACCAUCACGAUUAUGAUUAUCGAGACGAUUACCACUGGACCGUCAACUUCUUCUACGCUUGCUCAAGCCAUACUACCUUCCCGCACAUCAAGGCCAUCAUGCACCACAGCGAGGCCAAGGACCCCGAGCUGGUCCUUCGGGCAGAGAUCAUGAUGAUAGUUGCCACAAUGCACUCCCGCCUGACCACGGAGACUCUCCUGGAUCACCUCAUUGUUCCGGUAAUGCUUUUCAGCUUCGCGGGAUGCCGCGUGCGCAUUCUAAUCGCCAUCCAUGACGGCCAGAAUUUGGGGAUCGCGAUGUCCGGGUUCAUGGAAUACUCGGAAGGAUCUCAGGAUCUCUGGGACAUGCUUACUCGUUACCUGGGAUGUGGUAUCAACAAUAGGCUGAGCACCGAAAAGCUGCUGUCCGCAUAUUUGGAGGAAGCUUUGCCAUGGAGAGAGAAGUGUAGCUGA